UAUAAUUUUUAUGUUAAUUUCUGUGUGAAGAGAACGGUACAAUGUGUCACGCUCACAUUGAUAAUUGAAGGUUACGAUACUUUUGACAGUACGUGAACGCAGCAUCCUUCAAUGUGUCGUAAACUCCUCUUGCUGGAUUGACCCACCAGGCUUUCUGCUUCUUUUAUAAGGUGUGUUCAAAUGACAGCCUUCACUCUGUACCAAAACAAGAUGUCCCAGGUCCAGGGCCGUGACCCGGCCUUCUUGGAAGCCAUUGACAAAAACAUGCAGAUCCCCAAGCAUCUGAGUGUUGGCCCCGGACCACACUGGCAGGAGGGAGAAGUGGAGACGCCACCACCUGCUUAUACCAUGCAAGUCCCUGAUCGGUUGACCUACACAGAAGCUCCUGAUAUGAGUCCCAGACCUUUGUUCACACCUUCCAAAUCAGCUCUGGGUCUGGAGCAGAGGUGGGAGGAUCCAGCAGCCUCCAGGGAUGGAGACCCCUACAGAGAAAUCAUACAGACUCCUAUACGGAGAUCCUAUAGUGACCAAAGCUUUGGCCGAACGCCGCCUGGCACACCAACCCAGCUGAAACAAGCACUGGCUCAGCCCAGACACCCAUCCAGCUUUUCUAGUGGAGCUUCAGGUUCUCCUCCUCACCAGCGUUCCAGUGUACUUCCUCCCCAGGUCCCGCCUCCCUUUGGCACCCCCUUGAGUCUGCUGUCUCCACAGUCCAUGCUGCAGGCGGCCACUCAGCUGGGCCUUCAGGCCUCGCAGCACCUUCUGCAGACAGUCAGCCAAAAAUACAGAUUUAGAAACCAAGUGAUGCCACCGCCGCCAGUGACCAGCACAGCCCAGCCCGCUGCUUCAGCACGUGUGGAAGGCAACCAGAAAAGGGCCAUGGAGAGCUGGAGUCCAGAAGAAGGAGCAACAGCUGUGGAGUUCAUCGUCCUCAGGAGGCAGGUGAUGAAGAUGAGCCGUCGACUGGCGGCACUCGAACGGCACAGCGCUGAGCUGAGGAAUACUGAGGUGGUUCUGUUCUCACUGCUGAUCUCUGCCUGCCUGCUCAACGCCUGGCUGUGGAUGCGCAGAUAACACACACACACACAUACGCGUGCAUGCGUGUUUACAUUUGGCUGGAUUUGUGAGGACCUCUUGUAAACUUGGUGAAUUUCCCGGCGCCGAAUGUUGAAGGAAAUAUCUUCCAGAUUGUUUUAAUACAACUAAUGCUGAUGUGCCUUGGGUGUUGAUUUUUUUUUUUUUGCAGUGGUAAUAAUGAGGUACAAAAGGCAACAACUCUGUUUAAGCUUCGGUAAUGUGAAGUUUUGCACGUUUGUCUGUUUUAUGUCACUGCCAAACGUGUUUGAGUUUUUGAUAACCGAUCAGACAAAACCAGACCUUUAUGAUGUCACUGUGAGCACGGGGCGUUGAACAGUGAGCUCUGAACACAUUUGUUUACCUGCAUUAUAGCUGCAAGUCCUGGUUGGCAACCACCCGAGUACAAGGGGUCUAUACCCACCUCCCUCAAGUAUCAAUCCUUCGGACACAGCCAGGUGAGAGGUGUGCGUCGUCCUGGUUUCUCCAACUGCUAGGAUUCUCAACACUGAGGCACCUGCUUAUUGGAUCUUGUCAAAAGUGGGUCAGAGUGUCAUAUCUGGCC